CACUUUAUCCAAAAAAUAUAUAUUCCAUACUAUUUUUGCCAAAUUUGCAUUAUCCAAUUCAGCUAUAAUUAUCCAAUUGCAAAGAUUAUCCAAAUUCCAUCGAAUCCUUACUUUCUUUUAUAAGAGUGUUGCUUUUGUUGAGAAUUUUGGAGAGAGAUAAUGGCGGCAGCAGUGAGUUCGGCCAUGACAGGUUGUUCUUCUUCUUCAAUUUCAUCUUCUUCAUUUUUUAAAAACAAGAAGAAGAGCGAAAAUCGUGUUAAUCGAGUUGCAUUUGUUUCUGCUUCUGCUACGACUUCGUUUGCCGAUCCUUAUCAAACUCUUAGCGUUAAUCGCGGAGCAUCGGAAUCCGAAGUCAGGAAAGCUUUCCGACGCCUUGCGAAGCAGUAUCAUCCAGAUGUAUGCAGAGGAGAUAAUUGCUCAAUUAGUUUCCACCAGAUCAACGAAGCUUAUGAUACGGUGAUGAGUAACUUGAGAAUCGAACCGAUAGCAGAAGCAGAGACAGAAUCAUACUAUGAUCCAGAUGAAGGGUUUAGAGGAAUGGACAAUGAUUCAGAAUGGGAUUUGUGGGAGGAAUGGAUGGGUUGGGAAGGUGCUGGAAUUAGAGACUACUCUUCUCAUGUUAAUCCUUACAUCUAAUUUUUAAAAGAUGUUGUGGUGAUUAAUUGAUCCAAGUGUACAUAAGCCAUCAAAUUGACCAAAAUAGGUUGAUUGUUGUAAAUUUUAUAAUGUUGUUUGUUUACUUUUCAUGAGCUUUGAGGACCAAAUGAGUUUAUAUUGAAAUUGGUCUCAAUGUGCUCCUUAGUUUCUUGUACAUGAUUCUAGAUGUUGAAUAAAAUAUAUGAUUGCCUUAUUAUUGGCAAUUUUUAUUGU